AUGGGAGCAUGUGUAUCCGCGGCAGAAAGCUACUGGCCGGCCGCUCUCGGAGGCGGAGGUUCCGCUGGAGGUGGGCCACUCUGGCAAGAUCGACAGAUCAGAUGGGACCAGCCGAAACAGCAUUUAAACCUCCGACCUGGAGAAGUGCUGCGGAAACAGUUUGAUAAAAGAGAAGACACGAAGGGCGAUAAUGGAAUAGGCAUCCUUCAAAUCACGAACCUCCGGGUCAUUUGGUAUUGCCAGUAUCUCCCGAAGCUCAAUAUUAGCAUUGGCCUCCACUGCGUGACCUAUAUUCACUACACCAUGGCAGAGAGCAGCACAUUCGGGCGGACGCGGACGCUUCACUUGAUGUCGCGCUUCAAUUCGACGCGCUUCGAGUUCUGCUUCGCCAUCCGAGCUGACCACGCGUACAGCCUGUUCAGCGAAAUGGAAAACGCGAUUCGUUCCUACAGAGCCACAAUCGUCUACAAGGACCUUCUGCUUCGCGACGCCCGCGUUGUGAACAACGAGGACGAAGCUAUGCUACUCGAAGGGGAGCAAGUUGAAAAAUUAAUGGACAGCUGCCACAGCUUGACGGAGCACUCGGCGUACCCGGGAAAAAUGUAUGUGACGAACUACCGCGUCUUGUGGAUCUCGGCGCAAACGGCUCUAAUGAACAUCAGCUUGCCAUACAUUCAGAUGAAGAGUGUUCUCUCGAGGUAUAGCCAACAUGGGACAGCCAUGGUCAUUGAGAGCCAGCCGACGGCGGGGGGCUACUGCUUGGCCUUUCGCGUUCAGCCUCCUGCAUCUGAGGCAGCGAAGCGUCGCGACUCUGGAGCGCGAGAUCUCGCCCCAACCGCGCAGCAGCAGCUCACCGCCCUCAUUGCCACCGUCAACAAGUGCUUUGAGACUGGGCCCCACCACCGCCUCUGCGGGACCGGCUCGGUGGGGGACCCGAGUGCCUCGAGCGUCCCCGUCCCCGCCGGGACCCCGCAGCCGGAGCCCACCGGCCGAGACGCCGGGCGACAGGACCCCACAGCGACAAGCCCUUCCCUCCCUUCGCUCGCCUCAAACGCGGUCGUCGAGGACCGACAGCGCGCGGGAGUUGCUGGCGACGUGGCGGGCGAGCCCACAGCUGACGCGGCAUGCGCAGAACAACUGUCUUGCUCGGGGGCCGCACGAGCGAGCUCGGAGUCAUCAGCGAUUCUAGACGGCGGGAACAGGCGCGUGAGCGCGGAGGCACCCGCGCCAGGCUCGCCAGAUGUACCGGCCGGCCGAGAGAGAGAGCGGCACGUUCGGGCCCCGGAGGAAGGCCGCGAGGGCGAAAGGGCAGGCCCGGGUCUCGCUCUGGAGCGCCAGCACACCGAACCUCUCGUCGGCGAGGGCCCCGGCAUGCCUGAGCUCGCCCCAGGGGUACCGGCGCCGGCGAGUGCGCCUCGUGCGGGUCGGAGCAUGGCACGAUUUACAUUUUCUGCGUUUUCAUCUUCCCUGUCGCCUUUGCCUGCCCCCGCCCCGCCGGGUGAAGCGGCGGACGACUCCGCCGCUGCGGCGCCUCCGCCCGCGGCUCCUCCGCCGAGUGCCCCCUCUCCACGGCCCGCCGAAAUCGAUGCUGGCUCUUCGUCCUCCUCUUCAUCAUCCUCUUCAUCUCUUUCUCCUCGUUUAGACAGUCGUCCCGUUGCUGAAGGCAGGAACGGCGACGUCGCCGAGGCACCUCCUACUCGGGCAUCUGCAUCUCCGCCGAGGCGCGAGGGCCUGGCUGUUGGCCAUAGAGCGGAGGGGCCGCUCGCGGGACCCGUCGCCGAGGGCUGCAGAGGCGAUCAAGGCGGAGGCGCGACCCUCGAGGGCACAGGGCCUGGAGCCUCAGGCGAGGCGCCCGCGCCGGCCCCAGCGUCAACGGGCGUGGCUGUCCCCCUGGACCUGACCAACGAAGGACAGCGGGCAGACCCCCUCGCCCCAAGCGCCCGAACUCUCGCGCUGCUGUCGCCUUCCAGUGCGAAGUACAUGACCCCCCCCAAAUGUGUGAUUUGUAUGACUUCUCCGGACGAGGCGGCGUUUGACCCCUGCGGGCACAUCUGCACAUGCAUGCGCUGUGCAUUUCAAAUUGAGAAUUGUCCUGUAUGUCGUUCCCAAAUUCUCAAAGUCUUGAGGAUCUACCUGACUACUUGA